AUGCGUCUCGACACUGUUUUUAUCAUCGCUACCGUCUUAGCUUUCGGGCCGGGCAAUGCCAUUGCAGAGGUGCGAAUAUGCUCACUCGCACUUGGGAAAAUAAUUAAUGGGGAGGUAACGGAGUAUCUGGAGGACACCUUGCAACAUCUCCCAGGCCCAGCAGGAAAUGUUGUUUUGGAGUAUGAAGACUUUUCCAUCCAGCUGUCACUCACCAAGAAUUGCUGGCCAAAGUUGAAGCGCGGUAGCGUUGUACCGAAGGGGUACAGUUUACAUGUGUACUCACCCACCAUUGAGGGACACGCAGCUACAUCAGCGGUCCUCGAGGAUGACGAUCGUCUCAUGCUCCCGGGCUUCGACCCACUUAAAAUGCGCGUACAGUUUUAUGAGUGGCUCGUUGGAUUGUCAUGGAAACCCUUAAACAAAAGGCCCUUAGCACACGAACCAAAACCUUUAACCAAAUGA